CGAUCAUCCGAUUGCCGAACCUUGAACAGUCCAGUACAACCUGUAUGUCCGAACGUGUUUAUUAUUGAGGGAUAAAUGCAGCAGAUUUAGUCGAGAGGUGAGUCAGUGAUCUCUUUUGCACAGCAAAUCCCUAAAUCCCAUCUUUUUCCACCUUUAUUUCUGCGGAUAAAAGUGAGGCUCUAAUAAGGACUUGAAAGCAGAAUACAUAGAGGUGAAAGAUGUCUCCAGCAAGAAAGGAACUAAAACAGGCCUUGUGCCGCUUCAUCACAGAUACUCUCAAUCACAUCGAUACAAUGAGAAACUUCUGUCAUAUGUUCCCAAAAUGGGAGACCUCAAGAAAGACAGAGUUAGACAUAAUGACUGACAUCAAAAACAGGGCAGACAAAAUCGACCUUGACAUCAGCCAUGUUACUGAGUCAGAGGACAAAGGUGAGGCUUUUGUGGAAUAUCUAAAGAGCAAGGUAACCCUGAAUGAUGACGAAAGGCGUGCAGAGCUGGAGAAGGAGUUGGAUGAAGUGUUGAAGGACACACUGGGAGGUUUGGAGAAGCUCCACUGUUUCCUGGAUGCAGUGGAGAAGCUGGCAGUCACCUCACUGCAUGUGUUCAUGGAGAACCAGGUGUUACACCUGCCCGAAGACAUCAGCUUUGAAUAUGUUGAGGUGGUCAUCAGCGCUGCACAACAGAUCUGCCCUCUCCUCCUGGAGUUUAAAAGAGACUCACAGGCCUUCUUCCUUGCCAAACUUCAGAAUGUGGAAGUGCUGGCAUAUCAGCUGGACAGAUACAUACAGACCACCAAAACCAUCUGUGAGAAGCUGGAUAAAAGCUGCUUCAGUGACUUUCGUAUGAAAAGGACAGUGAAAACUGUGGUGAAACUCCAUGUGGACUUGACUGAAGACGACCUACGAAGGAUGCUUGAUCACAUCAAUCAAUUUGAGGAAAUUAGGAUGAACCAGUCCUUCCGGAUGGUGUUCUUGUUCCAGGAAGUGUCCUGUUCAGACUUCAUCAGUCAGUUCAAAGAGCGAGAGCCCAGGAUGCUGGAGUUUCUACACCAGAUGGAGGAGAUUGCUGUUCAGCUCGACAGGAUGAACAUGGGUGCAAAGAUCUCCAGUGUGGCCGGCAGCUCAGUGGGGGCGGUUGGAGGUGUGCUGUCCAUUGUUGGUUUGGCAUUGAUUCCUGUCACAGCUGGAGUUUCUUUGGCUCUGACAAUGACCGGGGUUGGGCUGGGAAUAGGCAGCGCAGUCAACAGUGCUGUCACCACCAUCACAGAGAUCGGAGUAAAUGCUGCACAACAAAAGAAGGCUGGUGAAACCUUUGAGGGUUUCAUGAAGGAUGUGCAGAGUCUCCAGGAAUGUCUGGAGAAGGUGGUCAAUCAACCAGUCAGCAAAAUGGAAGCAAAUGACGUAGACGUGGCUGUGGGAGUAGGUGUGGCACUUGCUAAAGUUGGUGCUAACGUUGGUGCUAACGUUGGUAAACUGGUGGCUCAGGAGGGGAAAGCCUUAAGUCGCAUAUCCACGCUGGCUGCAGAUAUCCCAGAUAUUGGUCAUGCAGCAGUCAAAGGGCCUGUUGCUCUCUCCAAUGCAGCCAGGGCCAGUUCCUUUGUAUUCAAUGGUCUCUUCCUUGGCAUGGAUAUCUUCUUCAUCUGCAAAGACAGCAUCAGUCUGGCUAAAGGCAGUGAGAGUAAAGUCUCAAAGCUCAUCAGAGCCAGAGCUGCUCUGUGGAGCUCAGAGAUGAACUCAUGGCAGAAGAUCCAUGACUCCCUGCAUGAAGGCCAACCGACAUCAGAGAAAAAGAAAGUUGCGCUGGAGACACCAUUUUAUCCAAAGUUUAAGACAAAGAGAGGAAAACAGAGAUGGAAGUUCCCUCUGAUGAAAUGGCUGAAACACUGAGAGGACAACAGUCUAGUGUGAUACAGUAGAAAUCAGUGAACAGACAGCGCUGUGCUAACACUAUGAUCAUAUAUUAAAACCAUUAGAUGUAAAUGAACCAUGUAUGAAAAUUAAACUCUGUUUCAUUGUACAAUUUAAGUUGCUUUUAGCUAAUUUUCUUUAAUUUGAAUUUUACACAAUUUUAGUAAUUUUUUGGAUUUAUUUAAGCAGUACAUUUUUUCUUGACUGAAUUUAUGAACCUUUCAUGAAACCUGUUUCAACAUAAUAGCAGAUGAAAACUGUCAUACAUACUUAACCAGAUGUUUAAAUAAUCAGAAAUAUAACAUUAAGAUGUUCAUUCUAGAGUAUUGAUUACUGCCUUUUGAAAAUAUAAUUAGAGCAAAUUCCAUGCAACAUAAAUUCUGCCAAGUUAUGAUUUGUGUAAUGUAUCUGUACAUGUUUUAACAAAUAUUAAACAUUUGCUUGGA